GUACGAUGAAGAAGAAAAGUGUCAUAAACCAAAUAAUUGUGCUUUAUCAGAAGGGAGGUUUGGGUGAAUGAAUGAAUGCUUGACUGGCCCUUCACUCUGUCCUGCCAUCACUGUGUUUUUCUAUGCAUUUCUACAAAGAGGACGUCUAGAUGAGUCCAAGGUGCAGCUCGUUCUGCUCGCUACAGUAUUUAAGAGAUAUUCUUCAUGUCCUGUCAACUUGUUAAUCGGGUUCAUUUCCCAGUCUCUAAAAUAAAAAUCUGAUCAUAUUCUAUUAAGCUUUUGCAGGCGAGUCACUUGUAAUUACAACAAUAUUUUUUCACAUUUUGUCACUUUUCUGCCACAAAUUGUUGUGUAUUUUCAUGGGGUUUUUGUGUGACAGACCAGCACAAAGUGGUGCAUAAUUUGUCAAAUGUAAAAUUAUACACUGCUUUAAGUUUUUCUAUUAAUAAAACUCUGAGAAGUGUUCCAGGAAUCAGUAUUCAACCCUUUUUAGUUAAUGUUAGAAUAAUACCAGAGCUGUUUUUUGCGCCAAUCACAGCUGCAAGUGGUUGAGGGGUGAGCCUUUAGGUUGGGUAAAGUGCAUCUACGUAAGAUUCUCAACUGAAUUUAGGUUUGGACUUUGACUGGGCCGCUUUAAUGUGCUUUAAAUAUUUGACAGUAGCUCCGGUUGUAUGUUUAGGAACCUCCUGGUUGAACUGCUGUACAUGUUUCAUUCAGGAUAGUCUUGUAUUUAGCUUCAUCCGUCUUCUCAUCCAAUUCCCAGUCCUGAUGAAAAUACACAACACCACAGCACGAUGCUGCCACCACCCUGUCUCACCAUGGAGAUGCUGUCAUCGUGGGUGAUGUAUUUUUACAUUUAGGCCAGAAUUUCCGCUUUUGUCUCAUCUGACCAGAGCACAUAUCUGCUGUAUCCCCUGCAUGGCUUUUUUAAAUCCUAUAAAGGUCAGAUAAUUUUGCAGAGCAUGGCUAACAACAGAUGUCCAGUAGCUCUCUGCAGCUCCUCCAGAGUCACCAUGACAGAAUGACAGAAAGGUAAACUUUUAUUGUUAUUUAAAAUCUUUUAAAGGCAACUGAAAGCACUGGAUUGUAUUUAGGCAAAUUACAAUUAAGAUGAAAUAAAAUCCCAAUGCCAAACGUUUGUUUGUGGUUUUAACGUGACAAAAUGUGCAAAGCACACGGCUCAAUUUUUAAAACCAAUUACAGAAUACAAUCAAACUCUGGUUCUUUCUUCUCAUUGGACACAGACUGAAUUCAUGUCGAGUUCAAAAGGAAUCUCUCAGUGACGUUUUUCUUGUGUGUUCACAAACUCUUUGAAACUAACUUGUGAGAAGUAAAAUUUGCACUCCGUGUUGCUGUGUGUGUGUGUGUGUGUGUGCGUGUGUGUGUGUGUGUGUGUGCGUGUGUGUAUACUUUACUCCCCCCUCAAAAAAAUAUUUCACUGUUGACUUUUUCCCCGCUGUCUGCAUUCGAUUUUUAGAAAUUGUGCUCUUGUAGACUAAUCUCUUACGAUGUCAUGACUCUGUGAACCGAGUGCCAAAAAGAGGAAAUUAAACUGACUGCAAAGAGCAUUGCACUUAAUCAAAAUCGCUAACAGAAGAAAAAAAAAUGGCAGCACGAGCAAAUGGUCUCAAAGAAAAGGGGGAAGGGGGGGCGAAAAGUCCAGUAAAUGGCAUCAUCAGCUGCAUCUGUUAGCUGGAGAUUAGCGUGAUGAGAUAGAAGCUGGCGAUGCCAGGGGGCCGUGAACUGUCUGCACAAGAUAUUUCAGCAAACUAAUGGUGUCUUGUCACGUUCAUAAAGACUAUAUGACACGGGCCGCAGCCAGCACUCUGAGCGCCAUAUUAACGAAGGGCAGGGUCACAGAGGACCGCCUGGAGGACAGAGAGGCAGUCCUUCAGACGCAUUCAAGCCUGUGAACCGGAAACAACGUGCUGGAUAAUUUGCAUUUUAGGGGGGAAAAAAAGAAUACAUGUUUAACUCACUGCCUUGGUGCCCUUGAGCAAAUCAAAAAAAAAAUCCAAAGAGGAAUGUGCUUGCAGCUGAGUUGCAUUGACUGUUAUUAAUUAAAAAAGAAACAUUAUUCAGGAGGAUAGUGUAAGUAUGUAUGGGAAUAUGCAAUUUAGUUGGAGUUAUGUAAACUAAGUUUAAGAAGCGUGAAUAGCUGCAUAAUUAAUCCAGUAGUGAUGUCUAGAAAUAGAAUGGUGCUUAGUUGUUAAAACACCACAAAUUCUUGACUUUUACACAAGAGGACACAAUUAUUGUCAUUCAAACAUCCUAACUUUGCUCUGGAUCCUUACAAGAUUUUAUUUUGCACACAGAAGCAAAAUUAUCCCACAAAAAAUAAAAGCCACCUGGGCCAAAUUUUUACUUCUGAUAUUGAUGGUUGUUUAUCUUUUAUUUUCGAUAACAAGCUUCAGUCGUUCAUUGUAAUUUUCAAUAAAUCUCCGACACAGCUCCGGUAAAAUCCCAGUCCGUUCUGUGACUCUACAGCUCCUCCAGAUAUGGUCGCCCUCUGGCAUUUACCGUCAACCAGAUUUUAUUUUUUCUUUAAAAAGAGAAAAUUUUGUCAACAUUUUUUAGCUUUGUGUCUUGUUAUAAUGUAAUUUCCUUUGUGUUGCUUUGAUUUUUUCAUCCAUAUUUGAAAAAUCCUCUAGUCGUCUGUGGAGCUGCACGCUCCAGCCCAGCUUCUGCCUCACAGAGCAGAGCACACCUUUCCCUCGCCUUCCCCACUCAGCUCCUCCAGACUAGCGGCAGCAGCAAUUAAAAAACACCUAGUGAAGCUUCGAGUCUGCUGAGCUCAUCCUACAAACAAUUUCUAAGAACGGUUGUUAAUGGUAAAUGUUGAAGACAGAGUGUCAGAACGAGCAGGAGCUUCUUAAAGAAACAGAGGCCCAAUUAUUUCAAGAUGUCAAAUUUGAUACAAUUUGAUUAAGCUAACAUAUUUACUUGACUGCUAUAAAACAGCACAGCGUGCUUGAAAAAUACAUAAUGCCGUCCCUUUAAGCGUUUUUAAUGGGACUAGUGACCUUUAUGCCACUGUAGGAGGAAGGGCAGACAGAGAAACAACGGUAAAACAUGCAGCAAAUGGCCUGGGGCGAGGAAUUGAACCGGGAACAACUGUGUUGAGGGCUGUGGCCUCUGUAUAUGGUGCACCUCCACUGAGCCAUGUAGGAGUUGUCUGAAUUAUAUGUGUAAAUAUAUUGUAUCUCAGCAGUUCAUCAGACCAUGUUUUUGUACUUAAUAAAUAGUAGAUACCAUCUACAACAAAAAAAACAUUCAGUUAAGUUAUCUGGAGCUAGUUCUUUGCCAGAUGUUUUGAGGCGUUGCCAUUUUGGAAGACAAAGCAACGACUCAGACCCAGUUUUGCUGCUGAUUGCUCAAGGAUUUCGAUCAAAAUCUUUAGAUAUUCUCUUUCCUCAUCACUCAGAUUCCUUCCUCCCCGAGAGUAUUCCCACUUCCAGAUUCAAGGAAGUGUCUUCGCAGCACAAUCCUCCUAAUGCUGUGUUUCACUGCUUGGUUAUACACCCCCCCUACCUUCUUUCUCAAGUCAUAAGCAAUCUCUUUAUGGCCAAAGAGCUUUAGUUUUCUCUCAGCUGAACGACAGACAUGAUGAUCUUUCUCCAGGGUGCCCUCAUACUUCAGUCUCACUUGAAGGUUUCAUUUCUGCACAAGUGGAGAUUUUCUUGUUCCGCGACCACACAGAUCAUUCCUGAGCAGAGUUAUCAUCCUCUUUGAGACUGCAAUUUCUGACUAGUCAGAAAGGGAUUUUACACAUAUUUCUCUCUUGUUCUUCAUAAUCUUUGGCUUCCUUCCUCUGCCAGGCUUGUCCUUGUGCUGUGGGGAGUUUGUUGUUGAUGCCCCUAACUCCAGUUUUUGACACUGGGGAAAGCUGUGAUAACAUUGUCUGGCCUUUUUCUUCUUUGUGUGCACCGGCAUUUUAUUUUUCCCUAGUCUAAGCUGGUUUCUUUUGUUUUCAGCAUGAUGCUCUUUCCUGUGACAGUUCAAACCCUUACUAAUGUUUUAUUCUGUGUAUGUUGGGAAAUAUCUCUGGUUUCAUUUUUACAGAGUUAACACACGUAAUGUACACAGCACUAAUUUCUGCUGUGACUCAAGGGUUAUAUUGUUGAUGCUGGAAAUUUCUAGUUUUUUUUCUGAAACGUUCAGAAUUUUGUGUAAAUCUGAAUAGACUAGAGAGAAGCUAAAGAAUAAUUUUUACUGCAGAUAAAAUAACUAAUUUUGACAUGUUUUAAAUACCUGCCAAUUCUAAUAAAUAUGUAAACAAGUUCACUCUGAAAACAUGUUAGUCAAUAACUGAGUCAUUAGACUAUGAACUGUUUUAGAGCUUUCUGAAUUCCUAAUUUUUGACGUGUAUGUUGACAGAUACUCAUAAAAAAACUUAUUUCAAGUACAACUGCAGAUUGCUUGCAGAUUUCUGAUAUCUGGCUACCGUGUGUGGAAAAGAGAGGUUAUUUUGACUAGUCCAGCAAAUGCAUCUUGACUUGGAUAAAAGCGGUUAAAGUAGGUAAAAAACUAACUGAUGUUGUGCACUCGUUGAUUCAAAGUAAUCAAUGAAUGCACAAUGAAAAUCAUUUAAACUGUGAGUAAUAUUUAAGCAUUUCGUAAAAAAAAACUCAAAAGCCAAAAUCUGAUCAAAUAAACUUGAUUAUGAUUAUGUUGUCUAUUUCAAUUAAAAGAAGUGAAUACUUUAUGUACAACUCAGGCUUUCAGGCAUUGAGAAAAGGGAACAAAAUGCUCCCAUGAACAGGCCUCUGAUGACUAGUUCAUCCAACUCACAUUUUAUUGUAUUUUGGUCCAAGAACAUUCAGUAUUGAACAAUGAAAUGAUUUUAAAAUCUGACCUUUCACAAAGUGCAUUGAUUUAAGGACUCUGGCAACAGUAUUUUGGAUGAGCUACAGCUGCCUGAUUGAUUUUUUUUUACCAAAGCCUAAGAUUAUAAAACUGUGUUGAGCCACUGGACUUAUAGAUAAUGUUCUUGGUAAGAAAUCUCUGCCAAUUAAAUUACUAAUUAAUGGAAUAUCUUACUCAAGAACAAUAUCUCAAUGCUUGCUUCUGCAUGAUUUAUUUUAAUGCAAGUAACAUUGUCUAAGCAUGUUCAUCAGUAGUAUUUUUAAUACAUGUUCAUAUAUUCUGAUUAUUUUUGUGAUAGACUGUCACAAUACAGCGCAUAAUUUUGUGGUGGAAAGAAAAUGAAUAUAUGUUUUCAACCCUUUAUACACCAAAAAAUAUCUACAAACGUAUACCUAUCGUAAUACUUCUAAAUAAAACUUGAUAUUAACAGUUGCCUUCAGAAUUCAAGUAAUUAGUAAAUAUAGUUUAUUUUUUAAUUUAAUCUCAGCACUAAGACAGUUGUCCUGUCUUAGAGAACAUCCUGUUUGUUAGAGAACAUUUAGAAACAGCAUUUUGAAGAACACAGCGGACAGGAGCUGAGAAAAUUUUUUAAAAGUAGGUUUAAGUUAUAAAACAAAAAUCGUGAUUUAAAUAUCUCCAGAAAGACUGUUCACCUGAACAGUGGAACCAAAAACAUACCAAGACCUAGUCAUCCAUCUGAACUGGUGCAGCCAAGAGGACCACAGAUGCUCUGGGGGAGCUACAGAAAUCUGCCGCUCAGGUGAGAAAAUCUGUUAACAGGACUAAUAUUUGCUGUGCAAUCUGCAAAUCUGGUCUGGAUGGAAGAGUGGCAAUUGAAAUAAGGAAAAAAAAACAGUUGAAAGAAAACAAUAACCUGUGCUGCAGCGAGUGUUAGAUACUUAUCGUAAUUUCUUAGAAUGGCCUAGUCCAGGGGUCUGCAACCUUUACAAUCCAAAGAGCCCUUUAAUCACUCAAACCAUAUAAUUAAAGCUUAUCAAGAGCUCUUAGUGGUUUAUGACCGUUUGAAAAUGGAUAACUUAUAUUUUUUAUCCAUAUUUUUAGGUUUAAAAUAAAGAAAAAAACCAAAACCAUGAUUGAUACACAUCUUUACAUGGGAUUUUGAUAUUUAUGGAAACUGAUGUAAAGGAAGCACAUUUCUUCCAGCCUAAUGGCAAAAAAAAAAGAUUAAAGAAAAUGUAACUGGUAACCCUCGUAUUGUCAUUCUGCUGUGAAAAUUAAAAUAAAUAAUUCAAUUAAACAGCUGGAAAAACUGCCCUGUAUUUCUUCCUAUGUCUAUAUUUCAAAAUAUUAGAUAUUUCCUUAUAAUUUUUCUUUUCUUUUUUUAUUUUUAGCAAAAGGUAUUUGGAGGUAUUGUGGAGAAGGUCCAAAGAGCCAGGCUGCAAACCCCUGGCUUAGUCAAAGUCUACAUAUAACUUAGAAUCUCUGAAAAGAUUUAAAAAGGAGAUUUUCACGUGCAUAUUUUUAUUUUUAAAAUACCUCGUUCAUUAGAGCUGAGAAGGAAGAAUGAACAAGAAUGACUCUCUAGAUGUGCAAAGAUGGAAGACACAUGCCGCAAAAAGUUGCAGCUGUAACUGCAGCACAAAAAAGCACAGAGACGUUUAUGGUCUAAAUAUUUUUUCAAGUAACUACUGGAGCCUCAGACGGCUGUUUGAGUAUGGGGGGGGGGGGAAAUAAUGAGUCUUCAUAUUUCCAAGGACAACGACGUGUAGGGCACAUUUUUUUGUGAUACAGCUUUAUUCGGGGAACGCGAGCGCUUCACCAGAGCGACAGUUGAGCCGCCCACGCGAGCCGCGCCUGGUACAACAUAACAAGCGUCCCCUUUGACUGGUCACGUGACGGGGAGGAAAGGAACGAAAGAAAAAAGAAAGAAAGAACUACAAAUAAAAGAAACCAGAGCUUAUCAGCCUGGAGGAGGUAGGAGUCGUCUCUAUCCGCAGGAGACGGAUGAUGGAGGUGGAGAACCGAUGAGCUGGGAAGUCCAGAUGUGAUGGGAGCACUGGGGCGGCUGUCAGCUGGACAUGAGACAAGAACGUGAAUAAAGACUCUAAAGGGCGGAAAAGAUGAAGCUAAACGAACGCAGCGUGGCGCACUACGCCACCUGUGAUUCGCCACCAGACAAGACUGGCUUCCUGUUCAAAAAGGGCGAGCGCAACACGGCGUAUCACCGCCGCUGGUUCGUCCUGAAGGGCAACAUGCUCUUCUACUUUGAGGAGCGAGACAGCCGAGAGCCCAUCGGCGUCAUCGUCCUGGAGGGCUGCACCGUGGAGCUGUGCGAGUCCGUGGAGGAGUUCGCCUUCGCCAUCAAGUUCGACUGUGCCAGGGCGCGGGUGUACAAGCUGGCAGCGGAGAACCAGGCGGCCAUGGAGUCGUGGGUGAAGGCUCUGUCGAGGGCCAGCUUCGACUACAUGAGGCUGGUGGUGAAGGAGCUGGAGAGGCAGCUGGAGGAGAUCCAGGAUGCCGCCGGAGCUGGAGGCCAGCAGGCCAGGCCAAAACCUUCCCGGCGGAAUCAAGUGGCGCGAUCCAGGUCCGGGGCGUCCUCCUCUUCGUCUUCAUCGUCUUCCCUCUCGUCAUCGUCAAGCGCUCCUUCCAUGGCCGCCGUUUACUCUGCUCAGAAGAUGCUUCAGGAUGAGGUGCAGCUCAUCUCCGGGAGUUCCAGGGAGAACGGAGUCGCAUGGAGCAAACCUCCAUCCGCUUCGGCUAACGGGUCGGCAGAGGCGGCGCCGUCCUGCGUGACCUGGGACGGCUGCACGGACGCCGGGAUGGUGCCUGGAUGUGCGGGCGACGGCGGGAGGGCUCCGCCAGUGCCACCACGGCGGUUAGGAGCGUCUCUGGAGAGCCCGGUCUCUCCUGACACCGCCUGCUUCUCCAAACUCCACGACUGGUACGGCAGGGAGGUGGAGGAGCUGAGAGCGCAGUGGCUGCAGAGCCAAUAGACUGAUGGAGGAGGAAGUGGAAAAGGUUCAGUCAUUCCCUUCAGAUCAUUCUGCAGUGCUUCCUGAACUUUCCACACAGCAAAACAUUAAAAACAGUCUGAUGUCAAAAAUCAGUCUUAUUAUUUAAACAAAAGCAAACCAUUUGGGAGUGAUUUCCAUUUCCAAUCUUGUCUUCUAUAGAGGAAUCUGUUGUUGUUUUUUAAUCUAACACUAUCUGCUCUGCAAUCAAGAAGCACAAAAUAUGCUCACAAAAUAGUAAUUUCCUUAAGAUAUUAAGAACACACUACUUAAGAAGGGAAUUAUCAGAUUUUCUUUAACUCAUAGAGUGGUCAUAGAGGGUAUUUCAAUCAGAAAAAUGUGUUUUCUACAGCAAUCACUGCAAAUUGUUCUGUCGCUGCCUGUGCGUUUGUAACAUCUCAUUUGUUUUCUGUCAUGUUUUCAACCAUUUGGGUUAAGAUUACUAAUCUGUCUAGUUAUCAGGAAAAAUGCUGAAAGUAAAUACUACAAUAUACAGUGACUUGCCAAAGUAUUAUACCUCUUAAACUUUUUCACCACAAACUUGAAUGUAGUUUAUUAUCAGGAGCUGUGUGAGAGGCCAACACACAUAAUCUGAAAAGUCUGGCAAUACCAACUUAAGCACAUAAAGAGACUGAAGUGUUUUCCCCAUUCUUCUUCUGCACAGAUUGGCUGGAGCUAACUAGAUUAUUUCUGGAUUUUUAUGCUUUCUUUUGUUUCCACUAAAAUACGAUGCAGUUUGCGCCUGGAAAGUGACGCAAUGUUGAAAAACUUGUGCAGUAUUAAGAUGUUAACAGAUAAUUAGACGCAUCCGCUGCCCUUGGAGCACUUCCAGUCUGAUUUUCUGAUUCACCCGAACCAGGUUCUCGAUGCUACGUUAAAACAAUAGUACUUUUGCGUUCCCCACUCAAAGCUCCCUUGGUUUCUCCCCGGAGGCCUUGGCAGUUGCUAACAUCCUCGCUCCAGUCACCGGGGACCAUGUGUGGAGCUGGAUGUUCUAAUCAAGGCAAUAGAAACCUUCUUAUUUUUAGUCGCUCUUAUCCAGUGGCCAGAUGAUGCUGUGUCAUCAGAGUGCUUGUCAUUUAGUCCCCAUCGAGUCUCAUUCUCCGUGGAAAAGGAGGCGGUUUAUCCGCGGGAUUUAUUGGUCUCAGUUCCUGUUUUUGUCUUGGUCUGAAACACAAUCCAGACUGGAGUUUCGAUUAAUUGUUUAUACAACUUAUUUACUUUGAAUGUUACUGAUAAGAUGUCUCACAGGCCUGGAACGUACAUGAACACCCAACUUUAUUCGAUUUGGAUACAAAUAUUUACUAAUCCAUAGUAAAAACGAACACUAACUUCUUCACAGUGGGCAUUUUAAAGCUAUUUACUUUUUUUUUUUUAAUCCAUCUUAGAGUUGAUUUGUUUUUUAUGUGCCUUAUGUUUUCUUGAGAAUAGACAACUUGUAAUCAUUUCCACGUGAUUUUAACAUCGCCUUACGUUUCCUUGUUGCCAAAGGCUCAUCUAAAUGCAAUCACUUUUUGACUAUGAGUAAGUUGCUGUACUCUGCAUCAACACACCACACUAUCAUUCCAGUUAAACACUCAGCUUGUGCACAGACAAUAGAAAAGGUACAGUGAGGAGGGUUUUUUUAAUGCCAACAUGACUACAUGACUUUUAACGUGUUAUCUAAAAUUUUACAUGCAUUUUUAAACAUGUUUAUGUAAUUGUAAGGUAGAAAUGAGUAUGAAUGUUUCAUUUUGACUGUAAAAUGUUUUUAAAAGGUGGCAAAAGAGAAAAAUGCAUUUUCCCUUUUUUGUUGCAUUUUCAGUGUUACAUUAUAUAAUUGAACUUUCCUGUCUUUUUUUUUUUUUUUUAGAGAAAAAGCAAUAGUACAAUGUUAUACCACGGUACACAAAUAUAUGUAUGUUUUGUGUAAAUCACUUAUUAAAGCAUUUUCAAUCCA